AUGUCGAGGAAGGUCGAUCUUUUGCCGGCGCCGGCAAAGCCUCGGCCAAUGAAGGUUGUUGUCGCCAGCCCAAGUCGAUCGGGAACUCUUGGACUAUACCAGGCAAUGCAAAUACUCGGCUUCAAGACAUACCAUCUCUAUGAAUGCAUCGUCGCCCACGGCCUUCCUCACAUGGAGGUCUUCGAAGAAGCGGUGAUCGCUCAAUGCAAUGAUCUCUCCGGAAUCAAGAAGUUCACCAAGACUGACUAUGAAAGAUGGUUAGGAGAGUACGACUGCCUUGUCGAGGUAACGAGCCACGUUGGCACCGAUAUAAUCGAGGCUUAUGCCGAGGAUCCCGACGUCAAAUUUAUCCUCACUGAGCGAGAUUCGGAAAAAUGGGCAGUCUCUGUGAACAACACGGCAGGGGGCCUGCUCGACAUGCCGUAUACAUUUCCAUUCGUGAUUCUCAAGUACUUCGAUGCCACAUUGUAUCGGUUCCUGGCUAUGAAUGAGACUGUUUAUCGGGCGAUCUCCAAAUGUACCAGGCCCGGUGAAGCAGACAAUAUCCCGACUCUUCAAAAGCACUAUACGGAUUACAUCGAAAAAGCAAAGCAGAUCAUCCCUGCCGACCGGCUAUGCCUCAUUCAACUCGAGGAUGGCCUUGGUUGGGAGAACAUCUGUCCGUUCCUGGGGCUACCCAUUCCCAACCAGGCUUAUCCCGGACGCAACGAGCCUGAAAAGUUCAAAAAGUUGGUUGAAGGAUUCCUUCAACCGAAGGUCACGGCCGCUUUCAUGAGGCUUGGCGCCGUUGUUAUACCCACAGUCGGUGUUCUUUGUUGGGCUGCUAUGACGUACGGUCCCUCGGCAAUCACAUUGCUCCAAAGUCGGUAA